CACAGUUUAGGAAAUGAUUUCACUUCGUGCAUGAGAACUUCCUGAUAUUUGUAAUAAAAUAAUAUCACAAGUGAUUUUUUUGUGGGUUUCUUUUCUUAAAUCCGACUUAACUCAGCAGUAAACAAAACAGAAUUCAUUCGAAGCAUGAUCAAGUGGCUCCUCUUCUGUGUAAUGUGGAGUGGCUACACUUCUAUCUAUAUUAAACAACUGCUCACAGAGAAUGAAACGGGAAGUCUUAGUCACGUGGUUGUAACCAAUCAAAGUUUGAUUAUCGGAGCUACAAAUGUUAUAUACCAAAUGGACCUUGAUCUAAAUUUAAAGAUUAAAAUCAUCACAGGUCCUCAAAACGACUCACAGAAAUGUGGAAUAAAUUUGGACAGCUGUGCUGUCUUGAAUGAAUUGUCACCCAUGGAUAACCACAAUAGAAUUCUGUUGCUUCAUUCUAAUCAGAUUGUGAUCUGUGGAAGCAUUUUCCAAGGAAAAUGUGAAAUAAGAAAUGUCAAAAAUAUCAGUGAGGUCAUUUUUAUUGGAAAUUAUCCUGUGGUUUCGAAUGAAAUUGAUGCAAAAACAAUAGCAUUUAUCACUCGAGUUAUGAAUAGUGCUACAAGAGGAACGGAACCAAUGAUUUAUGUAGCAACCGAAUAUACAAGAUUUGACAAGUCCCGAAAUUCAUUAGAAUUUAAUCUUAGACGAUACCAUCCUCUUGUUAGCACUCGACUUUUUGAUUUUCAACUGCGAGGAAAAAUUGUUUAUGAAACUGAAAACAAAUAUGAGAAACCCGGACUGAUAUCAUAUGUUCAUGGGUUCGCUUCAGGAAACUACAGCUAUAUUGUUUUGAAUGAGAGGAAUCCAGAUGAUACAUCACACUACUCUAAAAUUGUUCAUAUGUGUAGGAGGGAUGACUUAUUAAAAACCUUUUUGGAAAUACCAUUAACUUGCAAAUCAAAUAUCAAGACUUUCAACUUUCUGAAGGAUGCAAAGAUAUUUAAACCCGGUAUGAUAUUAUUGAAAUCCCUGCAGGAAGUGUUCUCCGACCUGACGUCAGAAGAUGAUGUCAUAAUCGGACUUUUCAGUCAAAGUGUAGACAACAGUUCAGCUAUAUGUCUGUUCAUUAUGCCUGAGGUGACACGGAAAGUCUUAACCAAUAUAAAGACAUGUCUAAACGGAAGCACAGAAUAUGCAGCCAAUUUAAAAUACAAAAAUGGAUUACAAUGCACAAAACUAGACGUGUCUUCAUUCACUGAUGAUGAGUUGCUGUGCUCAAGUUCUCUGAAUUUGAUAAUUGAUGGGAAAACUCCAGUAGUUUCUGCCCCGGUCAUCCAGUUUCCAGCAACUGAAGACAACCCGGAAUCUUUGGCUGUCACUAUCACAGGAGAACACACUGUAGUUUUCCUUGGCACCUCCUAUGGGCAUAUUAAAAAGUUGGCUCUAAAAACGUCCAUGAUAGCAGAGCUGUAUGAUUCCGCCAUUGUAGUGGACAAGGGUCAUACUAUAAAGCAGGAUAUGGUGUUUGAUGAUUCUCAGAUGUAUUUUUACGCCAUGAGUGAUAGAAAAGUGGCCAAGAUUCCAGUUCAGAAUUGUUCCCAGUACACCAAAUGUAGAGACUGUCUGUCAAGUAAUGACCCAUAUUGCGGAUGGUGUGUCCUAGUCCUCAGAUGCUCAUUAAAAAGCGAUUGCUACAACCCUACAAACAUUCGAUGGGUGAACCGUCCAGAGCAGGAAAAAAGAUGUAUCGAAAUCCUCAAUGUUUCUCCACCAAUGCUCCAUGUUUCCCAAAAUAUCACGUUGAAUCUAACAAUCAAAGAUCUGCCUCGAGAUGACAAUACCUCCUACAAUUGUGUGUUUAGUUUUCCUACCGGAGAUCAAGUUUUAUCCCCCGCUGCUCAGUGGAGUCUUGGUACUCAUUGUAGGAAUCCUAAUCUUAGCAUCAACUUUAACAGCAGCCUGGGUAAGAUAAUAAAAGUACUUGUAAAUAUAUUAAACCAUAUCGUGCAUCAAUAGCCGUAAUAUAUCAUUCAGACUAUGAAAGGGGUGCAUAUAUGACACUUAGGUGUU